UUUCAACCACCCCCCCCAAACUUGAAGGUAACAACAAGCAAAAGCAUCCAACGACACAUGGAGCAGUCGCCGCCGACAACGUCCCCAGAGGACACGACGCAACCGGAAUCGACGAUCAAGAUUCUCAUUAGCACAGACAACCACUUGGGGUACAACGAGAAUGACGCCAUUCGCGGCAAAGAUUCGUUCCGGUCGUUUGAAGAGAUGCUUGCGAUCGGCGGGCGCGAAGGUGUCGACUUUGUCCUGCUUGCCGGCGAUCUGUUCCAUCACAACAAGCCUAGUCGUGCGACCAUGUACCGUACGAUGUCUAUCCUUCGCACGUAUUGCUUGGGCGACGGCACGAUCAACUUUCAAAUCUUGUCGGACCAGAGCUUGAACUUUCCCAACUUUGGCCAAGUCAACUACGAAGACCCCAACAUCAACGUGCGUCUGCCCAUCUUUAGUAUCCACGGCAACCACGACGACCCAACUGGGGAAGCUGGUCGAUCGCUCGCGGCGUUGGACUUGUUGAGCGCGGCCAACUUGGUCAACUACUUUGGCAAGUCGGACCGCGUCGACGAAAUCGAAGUGUUUCCGAUUCUGUUGGAGAAAGGCUCGACCAAGAUUGCAAUCUACGGCCUCGGCAACAUGCGCGACGAGCGACUGCAUCGCAUGUUCGCCCAAGGCCAUGUCCGGUUCCGCCGACCCGAGGAAAGCCCGGACUCGUGGUUUUCCAUCUUUGUCGUGCACCAGAAUCGCGACAACCGCGGCCGCGGCGCCAAGAACUGCCUUCCUGAGAGCUUCAUCCCCGAGUUUAUCGACUUUGUCGUGUGGGGCCAUGAACACGAGUGCGUGAUCGAAGCCGAAGAAAGCAUCAAGGGCGACUUUUACAUUACCCAGCCUGGAUCGAGUGUCGCCACGUCGUUGGUCGAAGGCGAAGCCAAACCCAAGAAGAUUGGACUCUUAGAAGUCCGAAAUAACAACUUUCGACUGCGGUCCGUGCCACUCAAGACAGUCCGACCGUUUAAAAUGGCCCAAGUGUGCCUACGUGACCACAAACACUUGGACCCGGCAGAUCCGAAAGUCGCUGACAAAAUAUCUGCCGUCUUAGCCGUCAAGGUGCAACAGCUGAUUGACGAAGCCGCGGCGGAAACUCCAAACCAAGACACAACCAUGCAAGUGCUCGUGCGAGUAAAAGUCGACCAUUCCGGGUUUCCAGUCCUGGGCAACCAGCGAUUUGGCAGCCAAUUCGUGGGCAAGGUGGCAAAUCCAAGUGACAUUUUGUUGUUUUCGCGCGACAAAAAAGGCGCCACCGACGACGACGCGAGCUCCGCCGCAUGCCUCCUCAAGAACCCGAUCCGACCGGGCGCGCCGCCGCCGCCGUCGUCGAUGCUGUGCGUAGAGCAAUUGCUGUCGAAUCACUUGGCUGGGUCGGACAAGGUGCUGGAAAUCCUUCCGGAAACCAACCUCGCCCACGCCCUCGACGACUUUGUGUUCAAGAACAUCCCCACGGCAUUUGGGGAUAUCUACGACACGGUGCUCGAGGAGUCACAGGGCGCGCUCAAGAAGAACAAGGCGACGCUCAACAAGCACGACAUCCAGAGCCUCGUGGAGAAGAACCUCGAGCGCAUCAAGGCAUCCCAGGCCGUGCAUGUGGGGCAGAGCGCCAUGGACACGCACGAAGUCUUGCGCAUGUUGCAGACGACGACUACUACCCAACGUGGAGAUGGUGAACAUGACAAUGAUCUGGAUGGCCUUAGCGACGAUGACGGGCACACUCCCAUCACCACGACUGCCGCCAAACAUGGCCGAGGUCGUAGUGGUGGGGCGGCGGCGGCAGCUAGUGUCAAGGCAACCACUUCAACUCCGGCACGAAAAGCAGCGAAACAACCCAAACACGCCAACAAGAAGCAAUCGACGCACCGAUUCUCGGAUUCUUCAGACGACCAGCCCACCUACGACGACAACGACGACGACCAUGUGGUGGUGGUAAUGUCGUCGUCGGGGAGUGAUUUUGAUGAGCCGCCCUUGAGGCAAACAGCGCGCAAACCCGCCGCCGCAUCGAAACGACCGCCGGCAGCAACCAAGCGAAAGGCUGCAACACGACGCACCUCGGACGCAUUGCCACCAUCAUCCAGCACACGAAAGAAACAAAAAACGAUCUCGGCUUUGUUUUCCCAAUCUGCCACGCCGUUGCCGCCCGCAACCGCCACGACGACCUAUGGAGCAUCCUCCUGGCGAGAUGGGGGAACCCAAGUACCCACACAAGGCACAAGUACCACCCAGCGCCGAAAGCUGCCGCUGUCGUUCUCGUCGUACACGCAGGACGACGACGACGCGGACGUGCGAUCGUCGGCGGCACUGCCGCCAUCUUCGGCCAAUGCAUGGGGUCGAGCCAAAAAGUAGCCGACGACAUACAUAGAUGAUAUACUACACACAUGACAAGGCGACAUGAUCACAUGUUGGAAGUUUUCUUGACGGUUGAAACCGAAGAUGAUGAAGGCGCGGCGGCAGCUGGAAUAAUGGGUUUGGUCGAGUGAGAAUGAUGGUGAGAGUGAUGGUAGUGCUUGGUGGCGUUGUGGGGAGUGGCGGAAUCGAGGCGAAUAUCCGGAAAUGACUUUUUGAUGUAAUCGCGAAACGUUUUUUCGCUGGGGAGGCGCGGCCGCGACGUCACGACGGCCGAGGGGGUCGUCUGUAUCGCGGACAGAUGCGCCAAGUAGUCUUGAUGGAGCUUUUCAUACGUCACCGACGGCGGCAGCACGAUCACAUGGUCCGUGCGAUACUGCACGUGCGUGUGGCCGUCCGUUUUGACGCGCGUCUUGCGCCGCGCUUGCACAGAGUGUCCGAUCGAGGUCGCGUAGGGGUAGAACCACGCUUUGAGGGUGGUGUAGUCGACACUCGUGGCGUUCUUGUUGGACAUGUUCCCGUGCUUCUUGGGGACGAUGGACGUGGACACUUGCUUCCGAAGGCGGUUGAGUGACCCGCCCGAGAUGUCAAAGCAUGCUUCAAACGCUUGCUUGCACACGUUGCCCAGGUACGGCAUCACGUACGUGUACCGCGCACGGAGGCCUUUGCCGCGGGACUUGCGCUUGGUGGUCAGCGCGACGCUGAUGGACAACGACGUGAGGAUACACGCGUGUUGCAUCUCCUUGGUCAUUUCGUCCAACGAGUCGAUGAACAGAUCCAUCUCCCGCGUCCGGCCAAAGAUGCACCGCUUCGCACAGCAUGUGUAGUUGGUCAACUGAAUCACCUUGGUGUUUUCUGUCGAGUACUCUUCUUCGUCGUCGGCGUCGUCAUUCCCUGCGCCCGUCUGCUGCCGGUCGUCGUCGAUUUCGUCGCUGCUAUUCCCAUCAGGUCCGAGCGCUCCUGCUGCUUCCACGUAGUCCGAGUCGGCCGAUUCGUCGUCAGGCAUCCCAUUCGCUGCUGCUGCUGCGUCCAAGGCGCCUGUAACAGAUGGCAACGGCAGUACAGGCGGCAACGCUCUGUCCUCCAUGCUGGCGAGUUUGGUGAACCACAAACACAAAAUUCAAAAUCCGG